GCCUUGCUCCGACAGAACAACUUUUGUUUUCAGAGCACAGCAUACUGCUUCGUGAAAAGUUCCAUGGCCCGACGUAUAUAGAGUUCUUUCUUCCUUAUUCAGAUUUCCCGACAGGACAGGGUCCGUCAGCCCAAGAUGCGGGUCGUCUCACAGGUCUCUCAGAUCUCGCAGACUUUCGUAUCACACGACAUCACCGAUAAGUUCAGAGCGGCCGCCUCCAGGCUCAAGACCGGGCAACUCGUCAAAGAUGAAUACUUCACGCUCUUUGAGGCCGUGGGCGCCCUUGAGAUUAUGGAUCCGAAGAUGGACAGUGGAUUUCUUGCCCCUGGGGAGAACUAUGCGCAGGCCUUGGAAGACGAUUACGACGUGGCACAAGACUUGACUCCGGCGGAGGUGCUGGGUAUAAUGGAUCAAUUACUUUGUCAUGAGGUGGGCGCACCUAUGCCAGCGUAGAUUUCCUGCAGCUGGCUCGGACAAUACAAAGAGGAAGGUCUCCUCUCGCUGACGGAUCGUCUCCAAUGGGCAGAUGGCAUGGCAUAUGGGACACCCGCUCUCCCAAACGCUUUUUACGUCUAUCUAUCUCAACAAGCUAUUAUGGCCGGUUCCGAAAACGCUAGACGAGGCCAAUUUUGGCGUCGGAAAUUCAUCUGAAGACGAAAGUGGCUCGCCAUUGGUGAACGUGGUCUUGCGGACGUACUGUCUCGCACUGGUCAAGGCUUGUGACUUCGUUCAUGCGCGGGUAGCAUCCGAGUACUUUUAUGAGGUUCAUUCCCUGGAAUAUGUCAAGUGUGCCUUGAGACUGAUCUGUUUCAGGAAGAGGAUUUUGUUACCCAGCUCUACAACCGCAGUCUUUUAACCGAAUUCGGCGUAGAUGGUUUUCAAAAGCUAAUUGAUCAGGCGAUUUUAUGGGUCGAUGAGCAAGGCGGCAAUAUUGACGACGAUCUGAGAGAUGCAAUAAAAUCCAGACUUGUCCUCCGUCGCGAGCUCCUUGCUGCAUUGGAACAGGAUCUUCGAGUCAUAGAUACCAGAUCCACUGAUAACUUUAAGAAUUGUCUGGCUCAGCUGUCUCCAUUGGCAAAGUCCGUAACUUUGGGGAAGCCCGUAUCAGAUGCUUUUAGUUUGAAGAUUCAGCGCAGACUGGCUAGCACCAUCCCUCCCCGGCCGAUGGUCAAUAUCAACGUUGAAGAUGCCCUGGCGCAUUUGAAACGACUGUGCCAGGAUGCGAUUGACCUCGAACAGAUUCUCGAUUAUCGAGGUCCACAUAAUUUCAGGGUCGCUAUUUGGACUUUGCUGUCGCGAAAACCUCAACCUUCGGUCUAUAUCCGGUCGCUUGUUCAAUCCGUUAUCGCAAAAGACACGACAGUUCUAGGAACCAUACCCGUCAAAAACUUCCUAUAUGAUGAUCUGGCCGAGCUUGUUCUCCCAUCCAGUAUACUCCUUCGGGCCAAUAUUGAUGAAGUUGAGGUCCCAUCCGAUCCACGGUUUCAGAUAGCUACGCAUAUGGACAGAUUUGCGAGACAUUUCGCUCAGCCAUUCGUGGACACAUUCAGAUCUGCUUGUUUGAAUAGAUGCCGCGUUCGCCGAACCAUUUGCCAUACUGCAGUAGAUUGGGACAACUUGCAGAUCGAGGCCGAGGAACUCGAUGCGCAGCUCCGCAGCUUGAACCCUGAGCCUCCACUCACAUCCCAGGGUGGCCAGCCGGCAUAUUCGUAUCCUCUUAGCAGCUGGGCAUACCACCAAAAGCUAAUCCAACUUCGUAUGAUCCUCCAACUCGGUUUUGAACUCUGCAUCUACUCCCCCGAGGAAUUAUCAGGAAUGUAUUGGUACCUGACUCACAUCUGUUCCACACACCUCGGCCACAUUGAGCGCAUUCGCACCUUCACCAUUGCAGCAAGCAGGCGAAACCUAGUUUCCGCGUCCUUGGGCGGGAAUAAAAGCAACACAUCUGAAGAGCAGCACGCAUUCCAACGAACUCUUAAUCUCCUUGAGCGACUUUCGACCCAUCUCAUUGCUAUCGACGCGUUCGCAAUCGCCUUGCAUGCUCUGUACGCACUCCUCCGCCGUCAUAACCUCCUCCCAACCGCAUCGUCCGAGAAAGCCUACUCCAGCGAAGCAUUGCGGUACGAACUCCGCAUGAACCCCUUUAUCCCUAUUACCUUACCGGAACUCGUUCCCUUCGAGGAUUAUCGACGUGAAGCCAUUCUCGAGGGUGACAGCGAUACCGUCGUUCUGGAACGUGCUACGCGAGCUAUCUCUGAAGCGCGCAAGGCGUGGGAAGCCAUCCUGGCAAAUGGACCAUUUCUUCCUCCAGUCGAUAGCGGUCCACAGGAUCAAGGUCGCAGAGCGAUCGCCAUCGAAGAGGACUGGAAGAAAGACGUCAAGGAUACAAUGCGGGCCUGUAUAGGGGCUAGCAUCGGCAUAGAGACGCUUCGAAAGUCACUUAAGAAUGUGAAGAAGGGUGAUGGUCGGAUCUCGAAUCUGCGUGUUGAUAUUCCUGACAUUGGCUCCAAGAUGCGAUGGCAUGAUUGGUGGGCUGUGCCGCAGAUUACAGAAUUGAAAGUCGAGUCGAAAUCUUGACCCGCAGGGUGCAGUUUUUGAAAGGAACAAGAAUACCUUGGAAUAAUCCUGGAAGAGUAUAUACUUGGUGUGAGGCUGAUUAGUUCAAUCCGUGGAAAUAACAGGGACGGAAGAAACUAAACCAGAUACGGCUACGACGCAUUUUGUCAUGAGACUAAUUAACUAGGUCGCGAAGAAUAGAUUAAUCGACGAGACACAAGAAUCCCAGU